AUGUCCUCCGUCUCCCAAUCUCAGCUGGCCCGCCCUCGUAGCUGCGAUCCCGCGCCUUACUAUCGUCCGAGACCAUGCUCGCCGUCGUCAAGCACCGACACGUCACGUGGAAGUAGCCCUUCGUCUCAGCGGCGCCGCCAAUCAUCUCGUCACCCGACUUCUUUUUCCGCUGCCUAUCACCCAGGUUCAGAUACCGGUCGACACCGUACUCCCCCCAGGCUGAACGUACGAGCGGCAAUCAGGCCUUCCAACGCGGAGACCGAUAUCACCACGAAGUAUACGCUGAGCCCAUCUUUACCCCGCCAGAUGAGAGCAUCCACAUCACCACCAUCGAACCAUAGUCUAUCUCGCGUCGGCAGUGGUCGCCCCGGCCCUUCGAAUACAGGUUCUCUGCUAGUGGCCCAUCUCCCAGCGAUCCCCGCCAGCGAGUCUUCGUCCUCUCGCCAUACAUCAACUAGUGGCGCUGACAUCCGGCAGCACAACGCGUCCGACUCAGUCUCAGGGGGCAUGGACACCCGCGAAUCAGCUUCUCCGCCCGACGUCCCUGCCGAUGCAAUACCCUCAAAUCUGAGCAAACGCAAACGCUCAGAGCCUACCCACGACCAACAGCCUACCGUGACGCAGCCAGUUCCUGUUGACGACAAUGAAGAUGGACCGAUCGAUGACGAUUGCGUGGUCAAAGACCAUGGAUUCGAACCACGACCCGGUAAAGAACCUCGCAAGGUGUUCUUCAAUGGCAAAGGAGUAAAACUUGAAAUCCUCAAGAUCGACGUUACCAUCGAUGAGAAUGCAUAUGUCAAGCACGCAGAACAAGUCCCCGACGACCCCGCUAUGUGGCGUUGUACAUAUGGGAAGAUGGUGAACGGGGCACCUGGUCAGUGCAGUUAUGAGUCUCAGCGGCAUAUGGUGAAGCGUCAUGUGGAGGCAACACACAUGAACAUCAAGCGCUUCCAGUGCAGUUGGUGCCGCCAGACCUUCACUCAGCGUGCCAAUGGGCUGGCUUGCCACAUCAAUCUACACUCGGAUGACAAUCCUCACGCAUGUCCGCACUGCCCUUUGCGCUUUGAAAACUCGAGGAAGCUCCAUCGGCAUAUCUCGCGCGACCAUUACGCAGAGUUACGUCUCAAGCGUCAGCGACGUCGUUCGGCGCAAGAUACCCCUUAA